UCAGCGAGGCAUGUCUGGACACCGGCGUUUCGAUUAAAUAAAAAAGACACUUACAGAAACCAAACACCUGAGCGUAUUCUUUUCCAACCGCUGGCGCUGUUAUUUGCCAACGGCCGUUUCUCGCGCCAUCGGUUGUUUGAAUUGCCGCCUCACGCGGGAUUGCAGCGCCCUGCUCUUCGUAAGCAUUCGUGAAUGGACAGCAAUUGCAGAACAGACAUACAUCCUGUCAAACGUUUCUCGAAUCCUCUGCAGUUUUGUGACUGAUCCGCUGGAUCGUCUUGCAUCCUUUGAGGGAAGAUGGAGACCUUCUUCGCAGAGGGUUCUCGAGUGUGGGUGAAUCAUAAAGAUCAGCUGGUUCCGUCUACAGUCAACUCAUGUGAAGAUGGAACCCUGGUGCUCACCACCGACUACGGGGAGGCGGUGUACCUGCAGCUGGCAGAGGUGAACAGGGAGAAGGUGUCCCCCAUGCACCAAAGCAGCAUUAAUGGAGUGGAGGACAUGUCCUCGCUGGCAGAGCUCCAUGAGGCCGCCAUCAUGCACAACCUUCAUCAGCGAUACCAGAAAGACAACAUCUAUACUAACAUAGGUUCUAUCCUGGCGGCCGUGAAUCCUUAUAAGCAGAUCAGAGGACUGUAUGAUCUCUCCGCAGUGGAGCUGUACAGCCAGCAUCAUUUGGGCGAGUUGCCGCCUCAUAUCUUUGCUAUUGCCAAUGAGUGCUACCGCUGCUUAUGGAAGAGACAUGAUAGCCAAUGUGUGCUAAUAAGUGGUGAGAGUGGAGCUGGGAAAACAGAGAGCACCAAACUACUGUUACAGUUCCUGUCUGUCAUGAGCCAAAACUCUGCCGGGACGCCGCCGACAGAGAAGAGCACACGCGUGGAGCAAGCCAUCGUACAGAGCAGCCCCAUCAUGGAAGCAUUUGGAAAUGCCAAAACGGUCUACAACAACAACUCCAGUCGCUUUGGGAAAUUUAUUCAGCUUCAUUUCUCUCAAAGCGGGAACAUCCAGGGAGGAUGCAUCGUCGACUAUUUGCUUGAAAAGAACCGAGUGGUAAGGCAGAAUCCAGGGGAGAGAAACUACCACAUCUUUUAUGCUUUGCUGGCCGGGGCCAGCAAAAGCCAAAAGGAGACAUAUUUUCUGGAAGACUCCCCUGAGUUUUUUCACUACCUGAGACAGUCAGGAUGUGUGAAGGACCGCAGUCUCGAUGACAAGCAGUUUUUUGACGAUGUCAUGGAGGCACUGAAGGUCAUGGAGUUCACAGAGGAAGAGAUCAGAGAUAUGUUUAAACUGCUGUCUGGAGUUCUGCAGCUUGGCAAUGUGGAGUUCAUGACAGCAGGGGGCGCUCAGAUCACCACCCAACAGGUUGUCACUAAUGUGAGCGAGCUCCUGGCUCUGGACAGUUUUCAGUUGUCUGAGGUUCUGACCCAGCGUUCCAUGAUCCUUAGAGGAGAAGAGAUCUGCUCUCCUCUCACAGUGGAACAGGCAAUAGAUUCCCGGGAUUCGGUUGCCAUGGCACUUUAUUCUCAGUGCUUCUCGUGGAUCAUCAUGCGAAUUAAUCAGAAGAUAAAAGGCAAAGAUCAUUUCAAGUCUAUUGGAAUCUUGGACAUCUUCGGUUUUGAGAACUUUGAGGUGAACCGUUUUGAGCAGUUCAGCAUUAACUAUGCAAAUGAGAAACUGCAAGAAUAUUUCAACAAACACAUCUUCUCUUUGGAGCAACUAGAGUAUAACAGGGAAGGCAUUCACUGGGAAGCCAUUGACUGGAUGGACAAUGCAGAAUGUCUGGAUCUGAUUGAGAAGAAAUUGGGCAUGUUAGCUCUGAUUAACGAGGAGAGCAGAUUUCCCAAAGGCACUGACUUCACCCUGCUGGAGAAGCUGCACGGCAGACACUUUACUAAUCCCUAUUAUGUGAAACCCAGACUGGCAGACCAUCAGUUUGGGAUAAAACACUAUGCUGGAGAGGUCUUGUAUGAUGUGAGGGGGAUUUUAGAGAAGAACAGAGACACAUUUAGAGAUGAUAUACUGAACAUGCUGAAGGAUAGUAGAUUGGAUUUCAUCUAUGACCUGUUUGAGCAAGUGAGCAGCAGAAAUAAUGAGGAGACCUUGAAGAUGGGUACAGCAAGAAAAAAGCCCACUGUCAGCUCGCAGUUCAGAGACUCUCUUCAUUCACUAAUGGCGACUCUCAGUGUUUCCAACCCCUUUUUUGUGCGUUGCAUCAAACCCAACAUGGACAAGACCCCAAACAAGUUCGACCCAGAUGUGGUUCUCAAUCAGUUGCGGUACUCUGGCAUGUUGGAGACAGUGAAGAUUCGCAGAGCUGGAUUCCCUGUGCGACGCACAUUUAAAGACUUCUUCUGCAGGUAUAGGAUCAUUCUGAAGGAGAAGGAUAAGGCUGCUGUGGCUUCAAAUGGAGAUGAGAAAAAGAAUAGCACAGAUUUGCUGACACUCCACGACAAGACUAAAAAGGAGUGGCAGAUUGGGAAGACCAAGGUGUUUCUGAAGGAACCCUUAGAACAGAAGCUGGAGAAGCAGAGAGAUGAAGUGCGAAGCAAAGCUGGACUGAUUAUACGAGCCUAUCUUCUGAGAUAUAUAGCAAGAAAGAACUUUAAGAAGGCUCUGGACAGCAUUGUGACCAUCCAGAAGAACUACCGUGCAUAUCUCUAUCGACGUCGGUUUCAACGGAAACGCUCAGCUGCCCUUGUUCUCCAGAAACACAGACGAGGGCAAGUGGCAAGAGGAGUCUGCCACAAACUACGAGAGGAGAAAAGGAAAAAGGAGGAGGAGGAAAACAAAACAAAGGGAGAACAUGAAAAGAAAAAUGAAGAGGAAAUGGAAGGAGGGAAAGGGGCAGCAGAGUCUCCUUGCUCGGCUGAGGAGGAGCACCGUCAGAUGGAGGAAAUUCUGCGUUUGGAGCGAGAGAUUGAGCGUCUACAGAAGAAAAGAGAAGACGGUGUGUCUAUGCUAUGUGAGAGCUCAAAACAGGAACUCCGCUUGCGGCGUGAUGCCGAGACCUUGCGACAGAAAAAAGCAGCUUCUCGUGUUGCCACUGAAUUCCUUGAACUGCUCGACACCGGAGGCCCAGAAGUCAUUCCCGGUGAUGCUAAACCUCCUGCCUCCAGACCGGCAGCCGCCACUGAGGAAGAGGUAGAUGAAGGCUUCCAUGCAGGCGAAGAAUGUAUACCACUUCCCGAGUUCCCUCUUCCAGUGGAAGGUCCAGUGGAUCAGGAAAUCUUAGCCACUCUGCCACCUCCUCCUCCUGCCUUUGCUGAGGGCACAGUGGCCCCAUCUGCACCCAACGUUCCACCUGGGGCUCCUCCCCCGCCUCCUCCUCCUCCACCACCUCCUCCCCCUCUCCCUUUUGAUGCCAAAAAGGAAGAUGGAAAGCCUGAAUUGGCUAAAACAGUUAAAGAGGUGGAUGGGAAAAAGGAGGGAGAGGAUGCGGAUCGCACCAGCAGGCUGACUGCAGCGGAGUCUCUUCCAGACACAGAGGAACCCAUCUACAGUGUGUCUGGGGAUGGCGAGUCAGACUAUGACCAAGACGAUCUAGAGGAUGGACAGAGCAGCAUUGCGGCGACAGACACAGAGCACGCACGCCAGUCUACCUGCACCAACGCAAGCCAGGAGUCUUACAACCGCAGCUCAGAUUCAUAUGCUGACAGCGAUGAUGAGCAUGAUGGGUAUGUGGACACAGAUGAGGAGGUAUCCAAUGGUAAAGUCAGCAUCUUGAAUGGGAACGGACCUCCGUACUUCCACAGUUACCUUUACAUGAAGGCUGGCUUGAUGAUCCCAUGGCGCAGGCGUUGGUGUGUUCUGAAGGACGAAACAUUCAUGUGGUUCCGCUCUAAACAGGAGUCGUUUAAGUCAGGCUGGCUGUACAAGAAGGGCGGCGGUCUAUCCACUCUCUCUCGCAGGAACUGGAAGAUGCGCUGGUUCGUUCUGCGCGACACCAAGCUCAUGUACUUUGACAAUGACAGCGAGGAAAAGCUGAAAGGGGCGAUUGACAUCCGCUCGGCCAAGGAGAUUGUGGACAAUCAUGAAAAAGAGAAUGCUCUGAAUAUUGUGACAGAUGAGAGAACAUACCAGGUGUUUGCCGAGUCACCAGAGGAUGCCAGUGGUUGGUUCACCGUGUUGAGUCGGGUCCACAAUGCCACCCCAGACCAGCUGCUGGAGAUGUCUCAUGAGCAGGCCAACCCAAAGAACGCUGUAGGCACAUUGGAUGUUGGAUUGAUUGAUUCAGUUUGUGCUUCAGACAAUCCUGACAGGCCCAAUUCAUUUGUGAUCAUCACAGCUAAUCGUGUGAUCCACUGUAACUCAGACCUGCCGGAGGAAAUGCAUCACUGGAUCAGUCUGCUUCAGAAACCCAAAGGAGACUCCAAGAGUGAUGGACAGGAGUUUCUGGUCAGAGGAUGGCUGCACAAGGAGAUGAAAGCUGGAGCCAAAAGUUCUGCUCUCAAACUGAAAAAGCGCUGGUUUGUCUUGACAAACAACUCUCUGGACUACUUCAAGUCUUCUGAACGUAAUGCAUCUAAGAUGGGCACGCUAGUUCUGAACAGCCUGUGCUCUGUGGUCCAGCCAGAGGAGAAAAGGUUUAAAGAGACAGGUUACUGGAACAUCACAAUUCAUGGGCGUAAACACUCAUACCGUCUGUACACCAAGAUUCUGAAUGAAGCCAUGCGCUGGGGGUCUGCCAUUCAGGGUGUAAUUGACAACAAGGCGCCCAUUGAAACGCCCACCCAGCAACUUAUUAGGGACAUCAAGGAAAACAGUGUGAACUCUGAGGUUGUGGAACAAAUGUAUCGAAGAAACCCCAUUCUGAGAUAUACCCAGCAUGCCUUGCAUUCACCUCUUCUGCCACUAUCAUAUGGAGAGGUCAGCGAAAGCUUGCAAAAGGAGAAGGGUUAUGGAAGCCUGCAGGAUGAGGCAGUGAAGAUCUUUAACUCUCUUCAGGAAAUGGAGAUAGUUUCGGACCCUGUCGCCAUCAUCCAGGGCAUCCUGCAGACCUGCCACGAUCUGCGGCCACUGAGAGACGAGGUGUACUGUCAGCUGAUCAAACAGACCAAUCACGUGCCCCAACCCAACAGCCCUGCAAACCGAGGACACUGGCACCUGCUCACCUGCAUGAGCUGCACCUUCCUGCCCAGUCGUGCCAUCCUGCGCUACCUCCGAUUUCACUUGAAGAGAGUUAGAGAGCGCUUUCCUGGCACUGAGAUUGAGAAGUAUGCCCACUUCAUUGGUGAGUCCCUGAAGAAGACAAAGACCAGGGAGUAUGUCCCCUCACAGGAGGAGAUCGCCGCCCUGCUGAACAGACAGGAAAUGACAACUAUUGUGUACUGCCAUGGAGGAGGGUCUUGCAAGAUAUCCAUCAACUCACACACCACGGCUGGAGAGGUGGUGGAGAAGCUGAUUCGUGGUCUGGCGAUGGAAAACAGCAGGAACAUGUUUUCUUUGUUUGAGCACAAUAAGGUGGAGAGUCGGGCCAUAGAAAGCCGUGUAAUUGUUGCAGAUGUUCUAGCGAAGUUUGAGAGGUGGGCAGGUAGUGAAGAAGAGGAGGAGGAAGGCCCCUGGAGGCUAUAUUUCAAGCUCUAUUGCUUUCUUGAUGUGGAAAGCAUGCCCAAAGAGGGAGUAGAAUUUGCAUUCAUGUUUGAGCAGGCUCAUGAGAGUCUCAUCAGUGGUCAUUUCCCAGCCCUUGAGGAAACCCUCCAGCACUUAGCAGCCCUGCGACUGCAGUACAUCCACGGUGACGUGGCCCGUACACCCUGGAGCCUAAGCAGUGUCUACCCUGUUGGACGACUUCGCACUCGCAUACUCCAGUCCACCAAAGCAGGGGUUGCUGGGGUACCCGGGGCAGGUAUAGUAGGGCCAGGAGGUCACACUUUAGAACGCCGGAAGACCAACUUCCUAGACGGGACGCUGAGACGCAGCUUCAAGACGGGAUCGCUGAAGAAACAGCGUGUUGAAGAGGAACAGAUGUUGGAGAUGUUUGUAAAGGAGGAGAUGUCAGCCACACUGGCCAGUGUUCUGGAGAAAUGGAGCCGACUACAGGGCAUGCCUCAGCACCAGGCCAUGCUCAACUACAUGACCGUCAUCAAAGAGUGGCCAGGAUACGGGUCCACACUGUUUGAUGUAGAGUGUAAGGAGGGCGGCUUCCCUCAUGACCUGUGGCUGGGAGUCAGUGCUGAAAACAUCUCUGUGUACAAGCGGGGGGAAUCCAAACCACUGGAAACUUUCCAGUAUGAGCACAUUGUUUUCUUCGGAGCACCUCAGCCCAGCACAUACAAAAUCAUUGUUGAUGAAAGAGAGAUGUUCUUCGAGACGUCUCAGGUGGGUGAAAUCACUAAGAUCAUGAAGGCGUACAUCAAUAUGAUUGUCAAAAAACGCUGCAGUAUCAUGUCCAUCACCAGCAACAGCAGCGCCUGGAUCAGGUGAUUGACACAAACUAGAGCUCAAAGUGUCCAGGAACAUAAUGUGAGGAACGUGAAGUAUACUGCUGACCGUCAUUGAAGAAAGAGAGCAGGGAAGAAACAGACUUCACCUCUACAACGAUUUACCUGAACCUACUGGAAUCCUCUGUAUACAUGUCCUAAAUACAACAGCAAAGGUUUAUUUAAUAUUUAUUGGACCAGUUUGACCUUUACAGAGCACAACAAAGCCUGGCUACCUGCUCACUGUUCCCUCCCCUCACUGCCAGCACCCUGACUUAUGACCAAACUAUUCUUCUCCAUUACACGCGUCUCUCCAUCUUCAGUUUUCAGUCAGUGAUAUUGUACCUGACAGUCACCUAUGACUCCAUUUACCGGUAGUUUUACAAAGGUGUGCAUAUUGUGCUUGUGUGUGGGAUCACAAAUGCACACACACACACACACACACAGGUGAAUGCUUUGUGGAGUACAUACAGAGACAUUUUGUAAAGCCAUGCCUGCUGGAGGCCUUUCAGAGAGCAGGAGAAGAAAGCUGUGCGUUAACAUUCCCAUACAACUCAAUGACAGCUGCUCGGCUGGCACAGGAAACCCCAGAAGUUGAAUUCUGACAUCUUUCCUCAUGACCCCUCAUUGUCUCGCAUACAGGUUUUUUUAAGCCAAUCACCUGAGCCAUAAAUGCCAUGUGACUGGAGCCAUAGGAAAACGACAUCAUGGCAGCUCUGAUUGGCUGAUGGCACUGCAGGGAACAUGCACAGUUGCUUAAAAUAUAUUAGUCAUGAUAAAAAAAAUCUGCUAUAAAGAAAUCUGUGCAAUUUAUAUGUUGCUUCCGAAAAGUGUAGUUAUGAAAUCUACCAGCAGAAGCCACUUGCAGUCUGUUAGCCAAUCAGAUCGCAGUAUAUCUGGAGCCGGCACUAUGGAUAUCAGCAGUGACUGUCUACUUAUUUUUGAGACUGUUCACACAUUAUCAAUGCAACAAACAUCCUAUUUUGUAUUAAAUGCCAGAGUGUUACAUUUGAUACUGUCUAAAUUAUUUGUAUUUACAAUAAUUACGUUUCAUUUUUUUGUCAUUUUUCUUCCACUGAUACAAAGCUUGUGUAAUUUUAACUGUACCGAGGCACAAAUGCAUACACAUUUUGACCAGUUUGAUAAUUUAGAGUGUUCAACGAAAAACUUACCAUUUACUAAGCACCUCUAUUCACUUUUACAGGGAUCGGAUAACAGUUAUUAAGUGUUAUGCAAGUAGAGCUAGAUCUGCCUGCCCAAUGCAGCAAUAAAAAAGUACUGUAUUAAGCAACAGCAGUCAAGAUUCAAAAUGCAUGUAUUUGUACUCUUACAACACGUACACAUAACAUUAAAUGUGAAAUACUUACACUUAUUUUAUGAUUAAAACACUUAAACUGUUUAGAGCCUGUUCCACUAAGACAUUUGAUGUGAAAACUAUGGGCCCACAGAAUGCAAGGCUACAGAUCUUACUGACCUUAACCUUUUGAAUGAUUUAAAUUAGAUUUUUGAAAUACAUUUUAUUCAGCAAGGAUGCAUUAAAUUAAUCAAAGGCGACAGUCAAGACAUUUAUAAUAACAAAGGAUUUCUUUUUCAAAUAAAUGCCGUUUUUCUAAACUUUACAUUCAACAAAUAAUCCCUGGGAAAAGAAGAAGCUCAACUGUUUCCAACUGAUAAUAAUAAUUUCUUGAGCACCAAAUCAGCAAAUGAGAAUAAUUUCUGAGAGAUCAUGUGGCAAUGAAAACUGGAGUAAUGACAGCUGUAAAUUCAUCAAUUACUAUUAAAAUAGAAAACAGUUAUUUUAAACUGUAAUAACAUUUAACAAUUUUACAAUUUUGGUGUAAACAAUCCUCAUUAAACUGUCAAAUGUUUCAUCAUAUUUGACUGCACAGAAAAACCAGCACAAACUGAGACAAGUGGGUCUCUGAAUUUAAAAAAAGGCUUUGCUUAAGGAGCAUAAAUCUGGAACGCCUCAAAUUCUAUAAAGUGCAUCUUGACCAACUAGUGGCUAAUCUUAUGUAGCUGCAUAUCUGUUCCCUCAAACCACAGGUAAAGUGACAGUCUUUUCUUUACAAGAACUGCCUGACAAAUUACCCUAAACAUCUCAUAUAAAACAGGUUGAACACUCUGCAUUAAGACAUAUUCUACAAGUUUACUGUUUUUGCUCUUGUCAGAUUUUUUAUUUCGCUUUCUGACAAUGUAUCAUGGCUAAAUCAGCCUUUGUGUGUUUCAUGUCAUGAUGGAGCUCUGCUAAGACUGUUAUAAGAGUGGCCCUGUGGCCAGAGAGACGACAGACAGCAGACAUAACAGAGAUCUAAAAGGGAUCAUAACACCAAGAAACAUAAUUCAUUGACUCUCGAUCAACACAGAAUGAUUCCAUGUAUGCCUGUUGUUUUUCUUUCUGUUAGUAUAAUCCUACAACAGUACCUGUGUAAUUUUGCUGUUUGAUAUGCAGAUAUAUUUGUCAGUGUAAUGCAAAUUUUUUUUGUGAAUGUGUAUGUCUGAAUUUAAUGAUGAAUUGAAACAAGGAUAUGAUGGAAAAUGGAAUAUUAUUAUGUUUAGGAAGCUAUGUGUGUGGGGAUUUCUAUUAUGAUAUUGUUAUGAUUAUAUUUAUGAAACCGAAUGGGAAGGGGUGGGUGAGGGUUUGGUGUAUUUAUCUGUUAUGAUGGUUGUUAUAGUUGAUGAGUGGAGAAAUGAAGGUGCAGGGUCACCCUUUCAUGCUGAUCUCAGAUUUUUCUCCAUCCUUCAUUUCCUUAAACCACCGAGGAUCAGAUCAGCAUUAAAGGGGUGCCAACACUGUGAAGAAAUGGCUAGAAUUGGCUUGUCAUGAGUAACUGGAGAAGAUUUGAUGUGACGGUGUGUUGAAGUAAUAAGCAGUAUUUGUUGAUGUUGCUGUUUGUGUGUGUGUGUGUAUGUGUAAGUGUGUGUUAAGAGAAGGUGGUGUCAGAGCAGCCGAGAAGACUCAUGUGCUAGCUUACACUCUGCCUCAUACACACAUAUUGCCACACACAUGACAUCAUAGACAUUCACAUACAAAGGACAUAAAACAUGCACACAGAUAUAGCACGGUUGGUUCUGUCUCUCUCACACAUUCACACUGGGGUCCUUGCUCAGCUGCAGGCAGCCAGUACAAGGCCUGAAUGUUUUUUUUUUCUUCAUUGCCAUUGUUAUACUAUAAAUUAUAGCUUACUCUGAAGAAAAAAAUAAUAAUUGUGCUUAUUAAAAUAUUGAAAGGGAGAAAAAAAUUUUUGUUUUGUAACUGGCUUUACAAAAUGCUUUAAUAAAUUAUUGUAAUUUAUCUCAAA